ACUUCUUAUCCUCGAGUUCAUCUAAACCCCCAUUUAUAUUCUAAUUAACUCCUACAAAAAUGGCCACUCGUCUUCCAUUGAUCUGUCUUCUUGUCUCAGUCACGGCGAUUGCGGCUGACUUAUCACCGGAGCGUUACUGGAACACGGCCUUACCAAACACUCCCAUUCCAAGCUCUCUCCGCCAUCUCUUAACGCCAGAUUUCACCGAUGAGAAAAGCACCAACGUCCAAGUAGGGAAAGGAGGAGUGAACGUUAACGCCGGAAAAGGUAAACCCGGCGGAGGAACCGCCGUGAACGUUGGAAAGGGAGGCGUCCACGUGGACACCGGAAAGGGUAAGGGUAAGGGGACACACGUGAGCGUUAGCGGCGGAAAAGGUCCUGGAGGAGGCGUGGGCGUCCAUACCGGGAAACCUGGAAAGAGAACCGACGUAGGAGUGGGUAAAGGCGGCGUUAUAGUGCACACGCGCCACAAGGGCAAGCCGGUCUACGUCGGUGUGAAACCAGGACCAAACCCUUUUGUGUAUAACUACGCAGCGAGCAAGACUCAGCUCCACGACGAUCCCAAAGCGGCUCUCUUUUUCUUGGAGAAGGACAUGGUUCCCGGAAAAGAGAUGAACCUUAGGUUUAAUGCGGAGGACGGCUACGACGGCAAGACGACCUUCUUGCCACGUGGGGAGGCGGAAACGGUGCCGUUUGAGUCGGAGAAGUUUUCGGAGAUCUUGAAGACUUUCUCGGUUAAACCCGGUUCGGGAGAAGCUGAGAUGAUGAAGAAAACGAUUGAGGAGUGUGAAGCUAAAAGAGUUGGUGGAGAGGAGAAGUAUUGUGCUACGUCUUUGGAGUCAAUGGUUGACUUUAGCGUUUCUAAACUUGGCAAAGAUCACGUUCGUGCAGUUUCCACUGAGGUGGCUGAGAAGAAUGCACCGAUGCAGAAGUACAGAAUCACAGCGGCUGGAGUAAAGAAGUUGUCGGAUGACAAGUCAGUGGUGUGUCACAAACAGAAGUACCCAUUCGCAGUGUUCUACUGCCACAAGGCGAUGAUGACGAGCGUUUACUCGGUUCCGCUCGAAGGAGAGAACGGGUUGAGGGCUAAGGCGGUUGCUGUAUGCCACAAGAACACCUCAGCUUGGAACCCAAACCACUUGGCCUUCAAAGUCCUUAAAGUGAAGCCAGGGACUGUUCCGGUCUGCCAUUUCCUCCCUGAGACCCAUGUUGUUUGGUUCAGCUAUUAGAUAUGCUUUCUAUACUGUGUGAUAUCGAAUAAUGUUUGAGACAAUCUAUCUUUUAGGAUGUUUAAUAUACAUAUAGUAAUGUGUGAUUUUCCAUAUAAUCAAAGAUCGACGGUAUCUAUAUGUUCUUAGUUUACUUUACCUAGUCUUUUGUGACCUACGUGCUUCUUGUUGUUUUGCAAAAACAUACAAUAAAACUGAUCAAGUAGAUGUUGGGAUAGUG